AAUCUAAUGAUGCUGGGCAUUAAGAUACAGAUGGAAAUUCGAAUGCACAGUGGUCCAAAAAGGGCCCAACCUCAAACUGCAUGUCACAAGCAAUGCCAGUCAUAAAAGCUCGGCACUUCACACGACUAAAAAAGCUUUGCUCACCCAGUAACCGGUCACCUUGCCUUAUGAAUAUACAUAUAUUUAAUAUAUCCCUGGAGGUCAGUGAGUCACACCGUGUUAGAUUCACCCCUUGACAUCCCCCGAACGAAAAUUAGUAUAAUGUAACGAAGAAGCAUUCACAAUGAACAGACCCCCAAAACUACAGUUAGUAAGACAAGUUAAUAUGGUUUAUUCAUUUAUUGGAAAUUACAGCUUUCUUAAACUAAUAAUCCUAUUUUUUAUAAAUACCCAGCUAAAGCUAAUCUCCUUAAUAUUUAUAGUUUCAUUAGAUACCAUUUGAGUAGAUAACACAAUUUGUACACAAUAUGUACUACAUUUCCUGAUCGUUUCGUCCCACUGUGCCAUGUGUUGCUCGCUCUCUGUCUCUCUCUCUCUCUCUCUCUCUCUCUCUCUCUUUCGCCCGCUGCUUCUCUCGCUCUCGCAAUUGUAGUUUUAUUCGCCGAGUGUAACGAUGGGAGAAUUCUGAGUAUUUGUGUUGUUUGUAUUACUUCAGUGGCAUUCUGUGCGUGCUGGCGAGCGCAAUAUGAAUUAGUCAGCGGCGCUUCGCUACAUUUGCUACAUUGGCUUUAAUCGCUCGUUUCUGAGGCAUCUAUUCGGCUGGACAAUCUGGAUUAACUGCAUCCAAAACGUAUAUAUCUUGUAUUGGCCGCGAUGUCGUUGACGGGAACCCAGGACUACGAUCGCAAAUACCUGCUCAGCAUGCCGGGCCUGUGCAAGCUGGCCUGUUUGCUGUGCAGCUUUGUUGGAAUAUUGUGCAUCAUCUGCGGACCGGUGCGCGUGAGCAAUUUCCGCGGCAGUUUCUACCUGGCCGUAGUCACCAUCGGAUUCGUGGCCACCGGCUGCCUGCUCCUGGCCAGGUAUCUCCGGUUGUGGCAGCGCCAGUUCUGCCGAUGCGAUCCCACGCUCUGGUCCCUGGCGGUGCACUCCUCAUUGGCCCUGGCCUACUUCACGGCCUCCGGACUCGUACUCUCCCUGGAUAUUGGAGCCUAUACGGCGGCGGCGUUCUUUGGCCUGACAGCAUUUUGCAUCAACGGACUGGAGGCCUAUGGAAACUAUCGGCGCAGUCGCCAGCGGGAGGUGGCCACCCAAACGAUAUAGACUUGGUUUCAGGUGCACGAACCCAGCUUUUGGUGGCUCUUACUACGUUAGGCUUACUCUGUGUGUGUAUCUGUGUGAGAGCGAGUAUCUGUGUGCGAACGAGUAUCUGUGUGAGUGCCAGUGCGUGCGCGUGUGUGUGAGUUUGUUUUGAGAGAGCGAGUAUCGCUUGCGUUUGCUUGAAGCAUUUAAGUCUGAAGUUUGAAAUUGUGGCAAGCUUUUGUCGCGGGAACAGUUACCGUAUGUGUUAUCUAAUAGUCGCUAGAUAUAGGUCAAGAAGUGAAGAAGAUAAAGCCAGUCGAUCGCAGCAAUAACGUAGAUAUAAUAGCGAACAGAAAGCGAGAGAAAACCACUAACAAGAGAGCAAAUUCCAAAGAGAUAAGUUGUAUUGUGCCUUCUGGCUCUGCUUCUUCCCUUCUUCUGAUAACUGGUUAACAAUGCGUGAAUAUAUAUGUACAUAUAUAUACCCGAUUUUUUUUUUACUUUUAUUAAGUACAUAGUAUUUGUGUGUCUCAAGUGAAUAUACAUUGAAGUAGUUAGUUUUUAGCACAAUGCUUUUCAUGACCACUGAAUUGUUGUAUUUAUAAACAAAUAAAUCGUUUGCAAUGGAAGAAUAAAACAAAAAUACAUAAAUG